AUGGCGGACCAUCGUCCAUGUGAACACCAGCCUGUUCAGACCAGCGCCGUGCUGGUUCUGAAUGCCACAAAGCGGCCCCUCAUCCCUCCACCCUCUCCACCCACGCCCUCUCUACUGUCACCACCGGAUAGCGCCUGCGAGACACCGGAAGCACUUGAUCUGAACACACCUGUGAAUUUAAUUAAUAAGAAUGACGAAGUAGAGAGGAAGUGGCUCAGCGAUGGCUUGCAUGUCUUGCAGACCGAGGCCGCCGCUCUUGACAGCCUAGCAACCCUUUAUCAGACCGACCCGACAGCCCGGCGCGGCUUCACCACCGCCGUCGACGUCAUUACACGGCAGAGGAGGCUCGGCGGGAGACUCAUCAUAGCCGGGGUGGGCAAGUCGGGCCACAUUGGCAAGAAGCUCGUCGCUACCUUCCAGAGCCUCGCCAUCCCAGCCGUGUUCCUGCAUCCCACCGAGGCCCUGCACGGCGACCUGGGUCUCCUGGGGCCCCACGACAUCGUCAUGCUCAUCACCUUCUCCGGGAAGACGUCUGAGCUCCUGCAGUUGCUCCCCCACCUGGACGAGGCCCUGCCCCUCGUCGUCCUCACGGCGCACACGCGUCAGGAGACGUGUACCAUCUUGACGCACCGCCCCGACGGGAUCCUCCUCCCGGCGACCAUCCCUGAGCCGGAGACGACCUCGUUCGGCGUCGCAGCCCCGACCACGUCCACCACCGCUGCGUUGGCAGUCGGGGACGCCCUCGCGAUCGCAGCCGCCAAUGAGCUCCAUCCUAGCGUGUCGUCAGUGUUCGCGAAGAACCACCCCGGUGGAUCGAUUGGUGCCGCGUUCCGGCGUCGCGCCCCUCAGACCAUCAGGGACCUGGCGGUGCCAUGGGACAGGAUGCCCGCGGUCGGCGACGACGCGCUGGGCGUGGACCUGCUGCGGGCUGGCUUCGGGGCCGCAGUCGGGUGGGUGCGGGUGGGCGAGGCCAGCGUCGUGUCGGCAGGCAGGAUACGCACGCUGGGCAACGAGCAGCUCUCGCAGGUAGCCCGGUUCGUCCCUGGGCUCGUCGUCGGGAGGGCGGGCAUGAUUCCCAUGGCGUCAGGGACUCGAGUCGACCAGGCAGAGGUUCAGCUUAGAAACUUGUGGGUCUCGAGCGCCUGCGCUCCGGACUCGGUGGUUGCUGUUGUCGACGAGGGGAGCGUCGUUGGCGUGCUGGAAGCGACAAUGGUUCUGAGAGAGAUGAAAGCCUGA